GUUGCCGGCAUGCUCCCACUGCCUACCCGCCCCUGGAGUGCGCACGGUAUGCCCGCAACAGGUCGCGACUCGCGACACGAGCACAUGCAGGGGCAGGGGAUGUUCGUACUGCUGGGUGCGUCGUUCGAGGAGUCGGCGUAUGAGUUCGGCGGCUGCGAGUACCGCCUGUGCGUCAGCGCCUCGCCCGCGGCAGCCGCAGCACCCGGUGCUUCUGUUGCUGCUGCUGGCGGCUGCGGGGGGCUGACGGUGCGGCUGGAGUUCAGCCUGCCGCGCCUGCCCGCGGGGCCUUCCAGCGCCAGGUGCUGCGCCUGCCGCCAGUGGCAGCGACGUGGCGAUGCUGCUGGAGGGCCAUCUCAUCCGGUGAGGGCAGGAAAGUGAAGGAGGGCUAUGCGGGUGAGUUGGAUUGGCGCAAAAAGAUGAAAACGGGCGUUGCGAAGGUCCCGUAGCGCCCGCACGCGAACCCGUAACAAACCCUGCAUCUGCCAGAACCCCGGGAGCGUUACGGACUAGCUUUUUGGAUGACCACCCGUACUGCUGCGGUCGUCGGCAUAAGUAUGCCGGUUGCAUUCGGGCAAGACGCCGAUGCAAGCGUCCGCCUGGCCAGAGCCGAGAACAAAGCGCGCUAUUAACGUAACCUCGAAUCGUGGCAACCGGACCUGACGCCAGCUGCGGCGCAGCAUAUAAAUUCUAAGGAUGCAAGAAGUGCACUAAGUUAUACAAUAAAUAGCAUGUCGGCGUGGCCAUUGCACUGUCGCAGGCUGAGUUGCGUAGUAGCGACAGCCGCCCACUUGCAUAGGACCAAUCCUGCAGGAACUAAUACGAAUUAGUA